AAUGUAAGUGAAAGGUUAAAUUCAAGUAACCCUGCGACACUUUACUUCUAUGAGUAUCUAGCUAAAUUAUUUUUUCUCUAUUUCCACUUGUUUAGAUCCUUGAAAACUUACAUUGGAAUACUAAGAGAAAAGCUGGAUUGUACUAAAUACAGCAAAAAACAAGUUGUAACAAACUGUGAGAGAUUCUUUAUUUGCAUAUAAGGUAUCUCAUUUUCAUUUCAUUUCAAAGGUAAAGUCACAUAGAAAGAGGAAAAAAGAAUAAGUCACAGUUGAAUCUCAACUUAUAGGAAUAUCAACUUCUAUUUACUCUGUUCCUCCCCUGUUUUCACUCUGCUAUUUCCCUUGUACUAACUCUGUUUCUCCCCUGUUUUCACUCUGCACCAAACUAAGCAGAGUGAUCAGAGACUCCAUCCUGUUCUGUUCCGCUCCGUUUCAUUUUAUUCCAAAACUCACCAAUUCUAAUGGAUCCACCGCUUAUCUCCACCGCCGCAACCACCAUUCCUCAUAACAUCAUCCAACAAAACUAUCCUGAAUCGGUCGAGUCUUUAUCAUCGCCACCACCACAGCCACCACCACGAUCACGCGUUAAUGAAACAAUGAACGACGAUUCCUUCCCUAAUGUCCCCGGAGGCAAGCUUCGGCUAAUGUGCAGCUACGGAGGCCACAUAAUGCCGCGCCCUCAUGAUAAGUCUCUAUGUUAUGUAGGUGGUGACACCAGAAUCGUGGUCGUGGAUCGCAGUUCUUCUCUGAGAGACCUAUGUUCGCGUCUUUCGAGAACAAUUCUCAAUGGAAGACCCUUUACUCUCAAGUACCAGCUUCCAAAUGAAGACCUUGAUAACCUCAUUACAGUAACAUCAGAUGAAGAUCUUGAUAACAUGAUUGAAGAAUAUGAUCGUAUAGCAUCGGCAUCUUCUACAAUGAAACCUUCAUCAUCAAGACUAAGAGUGUUUUUGUUCUUCACAAAACCAGAUACCACACUUUCAAUGGGAUCACUUCUUGAUGAUGCAAAAUCUGAGACAUGGUUUGUUGAUGCACUCAACAACUCAGGGAUUCUCUCAAGAGGUGUGUCAGAUUCAGCAGGAGAUUCUUUUGUGAAUCUUGAUAGUGUUCCUGCUAGUGAUUCAAGCAAUAACUUGGAAUCUCAAGUAGAAUCAUUGACUCUGCUUGAAAACAACAACAAUAAGGUUAAGAAUGUUCUUGAUAAUGUUAAUGUUGUGAAUUCAACACCUAAUUCACCUAUGCUAGAAAACAGUUUAUCAUCAUCAUCUUUGACUCCUUCAAUGGAGAAUUUGCCACCAAUUCGUGUUCGUGUUGAUGAAAAUGCCGGUAGCAGGCUUCAACAAGAGAACAAAGUUGUAAUGAAGCAAGAUGGUGGGUUUGUUGUUUCUUCUGCUAAUGUGGCUAUGGCUGCAAUUCCUGCAACAUCAACAAUGGCUUUUGGUGGAGUUGUUACUGCUACUAGUGGUGAUGUUAAUGUGAAUAGGGUUGUUUCUGAUGAUGAGAGAUCAGAUUAUGGAGGAUUAAUCGGAUCUCGAAAACCUCCUUUACCGUUGCAGCUUGUUCAACCAAGGACUAGUGGUGGUGUGAGUCUUCCAUCACCAGAUUCAGUUACAAGUGAUAGCAGUAGUAUUGCAUCUACAAAUUCUUUCUCCAAAAUUAUAUAUCAUCAAGAACAAGUCCAAGGUACAAAUAUAGAGAACAAACCUCAAGAUUCAAGUUACAUGUUACCACCACAAUCAGAUCCAAAUCAACAACUCCAACAACCACCACAACAACAACAACAAUUUGUUCACCCCAACACUCACUAUAUACACCACCCUACAUCCACAAAUCAAGUUCCAAUUACAUCUUACUACCAAGUUUACCCUCCACCAUCACAACAAUCACAACUUCACCAUCCACAACAAUAUCCAGUUUAUGUAAUGCCUAUUGGAUCUACACAACAACCAUAUAACAUGACAUUGCAACAUAAUAUAAAUGACCCUAAUGUGGUAGCUUCUAGUAGACCAAUAAUACCACAAAAUGGAACUCCACCAAUUUACCCUAAUAAAGCACCUAACCCUAAUGUGGCAUCAAAUUCAACAUUUGUUCAAGUACCUUCAAAUCAAUUUCAACAACAAUAUGUUGGUAUGCCUCAAUUUCAUCAUCAACCACAACAUCCUAUUAAUGUAGCUCCUCCUAGUGGUACUAAUUAUGGUUAUGAAUAUAGUGGUAAUGUGGAAGGUCAAGUGUACUAUACUCAACAGCAAAAUAAUGCUCCUUUGGUUACUCAAUACCAAUCCAUGACUCCUGCAGCUGCUGCUGCAGCAUUAUCAGAUGCUUCCCAACAAUUUCCUGGAGAAAAUGUUCAGCAGUCAAAUAGAACUUCGCAGCCAGUAUAAAUCGGAUCCAGAUUCCCUGCAGUCGGAAUUUCCAGGUAUAAUAGUCAGUGUUCUAAGUUUUCUGAUAGAGAUUGAACGACUCAUAUUUUGACUUAGACGAAUUUAAAAUUCGAAACUUGACCAUUCGAUCGUGAUCAGUAGUCAAAAUCACUAAAUGACUAGUGACUGCGGGGAAUAUGUUUAUUCACCUAAGUUGGAGUUCACUUUUAUUUUUUAAUAAUUAAAAUUUGGAGCCACUUUUCUAUAGAAAAAAAUUAAGCAUAGUUUAUUUUUAAUUUUGUCUAUAUGAACUUAUGAAGAUGAAUGAUAUGUAAUGUAAGAUCAUAUUUUGCAAAACUAGCUUUCUUGGCUAUCACAGUUGCUCAAUUGAAUAAAGUAAAUUGUUGUCAUUAUCCUAAUGGAGGGAACCUUUUGCUUUAUUAUUUACAUUAUGUUAAAUUGUUGUAGACUUUAAUCACUUGGCAAUAAGUUUAUUUUGUCUU